AGCUGAAACAAGAUUGAAAUCAAUUUUGACAACUUAUUUUCUAUGUUAAGUAAUGUCAAAAGUGUUUUCAAUUUAAUUUUAUAUAUGAAUUCAUGUAAGUUUAAUAUAAAAAAUGUCCUUUUCUGGAGCUGAUGAUCAAUCUGAAGAUGGAGAAUUGAAGCGUAGCCCGUUAGUUUCUGGGAAUAAUCCAGACGAUCUGGAUUUUAGUUUAUCAGACGAUAACGCAGACACGGCUGAUUCUUUGGACAUAAAACCACCUCAAGCAAAGCUGGCAACUAGAACAGUAUCCCGUAAAUAUGAUAGGAGUCGUGAAGGCCAUGGUCACCAUUCACGAUCAGAGCGUCAUAGAGAUUCUGAACGCCAUCAUCGUGAAUCUGAUAAACGACAUCGUGAAAAGUAUGAGGCCUCUAAACGGGAAUAUCGAGACAAAGAACGUGAAUAUCGUGAAAAGGCAGAGUAUUAUAUGAAAGAACAAUAUUCCACAAAAGGCUUUGUAGAACAAAUUCGUUCAACAUCAUCCCGAGAUGAUCGUCGACGUGAAGAAAUGCGAUAUAAUGAAUCAGGUCGAGAAAUUCGAUAUUCUGAUUCAAAAAUUAGCUAUUCGGAACAUGAAAAACGUAAAGAGAGAGAGUUGAAGUAUAUAGAUUAUGAGGUUGAAACCGAGGUGCGUCGUGAAAGGCGAGAAAAUAAAUACUACGAAGCAUUAGAACAGAUUGAAUCUAGACGUGAUCGUAAAGAAAUAUCACGCCGAGAGCGUAGAGAUAGAGAGGAGAUUGAUGAAAAAACAGCAGCAGAUCGAGCUCUGGAAGAUUUACGAGAACGUUUAUUAGAUAAACGUCGAACAAAAGAGAAUGAGGAAUAUAAGGUAAAUAAAAGUUCGAAAAGGCAUAAAUCAAAACGUGAAAAUAUUGCUGUUGAACCUGGUGAAAUAGUUGCUGAUAGUAAAACUUAUGUGAAAGAAAUUAUUGAUUUAAGUAAAUCAACUGAAGAGGUUCGAGUUCCGAAACAACAUUAUAAACGAAUUGAAAAACCUAAAGAAGAGACUGAAAUGUCUAUUAAAGAGAGAGAAGAAAGAGAACUUAGGAUGGCCAAACUAAUAGAAGCAGAAAGAGAGAUGGCACGACAAAAAGAAUUAAGUCGACAAGAAGUGGAGGCCAGGCGGGAACGGCGUGAAAGAAAACGUUUACAUGAAGCACAAAGAGAAGAAGCUAAGAAAAGAAGAUUAGAAGAAGAAGAAGAGAUGAAAUUGAUGAAAUUAAAAGCUGAAGCAUUAAGUAAUGAAUUAUCCGGAGUUGUCACAGUAUCUGAUAAUACAGACGAAAGUGAAGUGGAAGCUGAAGAAGGUGAAGAAUCGGAUCGCAAAGAUGAUGAUGAUUUGUCCGGCCGUAGCAAUAGAAGUGACGAAACAGAUGAUAGUGGUGAUUCUAGUGAUUCAGAUCGUCGUCGGCAUAGUGAUGAUAAGGAAUCAAUUCGAAGUGAUGAUUAUCAUGAUCAAUCACCACGAUCCGAUCAUGAGCGAAUUAAAUCUGAAAGAAGAAGUAGAACACGUUCCCGUUCUAGGUCACGAGAAAGGUCACUGUCCCGAUCACGGGAAAGGUCAAUAUCCCGGUCACGAUCUAGAUCACGAAAUAGAUCCAAAUCACCUGAAGAAGAUACAAAAGCAACCCCCAAUAAUCAAAAUGCUGAUUCAAAUAACGAUAAAGAUAAUAAAGAAAUCGAAGAAGAAUUACCGCCAUACAUUCCAGCUGUCCAAGGAUGUCGUUCGGUUGAAGAAUUUCAGUGUUUAAAUCGAAUUGAAGAAGGAACGUACGGAGUUGUGUAUCGUGCUAGAGAUAAACGUACAGAUGAAAUAGUGGCAUUGAAGCGACUAAAAAUGGAGAAGGAAAAAGAAGGAUUUCCAAUUACUUCACUUAGGGAAAUUAACACAUUAUUGAAAGGACAACAUCCAAAUAUUGUAACUGUUCGAGAAAUUGUUGUUGGUAGUAACAUGGAUAAAAUAUUUAUUGUUAUGGAUUAUGUUGAACAUGAUUUGAAAUCGUUAAUGGAAACAAUGCGUAAUAAAAAACAGGGCUUUGUACCUGGUGAAGUAAAAUGUUUAUUACAGCAGCUAUUACGUGCUGUGGCUCAUCUUCACGACAAUUGGAUAUUACAUCGCGAUUUGAAAACAUCAAAUCUUUUAUUAUCACAUAAAGGUAUUUUAAAAGUUGGUGAUUUUGGUUUGGCUAGAGAGUAUGGUUCACCUUUAAAAGCAUACACUCCAAUUGUAGUAACUUUAUGGUAUCGAGCACCGGAACUAUUAUUAUGCGCUAAAGAAUAUUCAACACCAAUAGAUAUGUGGUCUGUGGGAUGCAUAUUUGCAGAGCUAUUAACAAUGAAUGCAUUAUUUCCAGGAAAAUCCGAAGUUGAUCAAUUAAAUCGAAUUUUUAAGGAUUUAGGAACACCAAAUGAAAAAAUAUGGCCAGGAUAUAAUAAAUUACCAGCUGUACAAAAAGUAGCUUUCUCUGAAUAUCCUGUAUCUCAGUUAAGAACUAAAUUCAGUAUGUUAUCCGAUUUGGGUCUUAAUUUAUUGUCCAAAUUUUUAACAUACGAUCCUGUUCAACGUAUCACAGCUGAAGAUGCAUUGAAACAUGCAUACUUUACAGAAACACCUUUACCAAUUGAUCCCGCUAUGUUUCCAACAUGGCCAGCAAAAAGUGAAUUGGGUCAUCGAAAGGCAAUUGCUGCAAGUCCAAAACCACCGUCUGGAGGUGGGCAAUACAAGAAAUUGGGUGAUGGAGAUGAUGACAGCGCAUUAGGCUUUCAUAUGGGAAAUACAACUACAACUUUAAAUGAAACUCGUCGAUUGGCUUCAAUGGGCGGUGGCUUUAGUUUAAAGUUUUAAGUAAAUUAUUUGUAGCUAUAGUAUUUGAUCAAUUUAUUACAAAAA